AGGGACCUCUUUCUCUGGAAAUGAGUUUUCCCUUGAAAACUGUGGAAGCUGUAUCCAGGUCUAUUUAAAUGAGGUAACAUGGGGAAGAACAAUUGAAGGAGGAGUCAGUUCUUGGGGUCAGCAUUUGGUUGAAAUUGAGUGAAAUUAUGAGUAGCCCACCCCUUCACCUAACAAUACCCCACCUCCUUCCUCCCUCACGUCUCCUCUCUAUUGACUGGCUCUCCUGCAUCUUACUGGAGACCCCGUUGAGAGGAUCUUUUCACUCUAUAAAGAGAAGAUGCAGCUCAGCCGCCUUUGAGAUGAUCGCUAGGAUUUACGGCGCGUCACUCUGCCUCUAACUUCAGACGGGCAUCCUCGGCUGCUUCAACACCAAAUUAUCUGGACUGCUAGCAUUCUUAAAACAUUUACCUAGUGGACUGAGCCACAUUUGAAUGACGCUGGAUUUCCCCGUCUUCUCUGCCAAAGUGUCUGAGUCAUCCGAGACCCGAAUGUGAGCAUCUUUCUCUUCUGCGCUCUGAGCUGUAGGUUAGACUUUGUGCGUCGUCGCCGCUCGGCGCAGUUUGUGUUGCAGGUGCGUGGAGAAGGAGCGCGAGGACAGAUGGCUGCGCUGGCGAUACAAAGGACUGACAACUUUUUGCACACCUUUUUACAGCAGGACCGGACGCCCAGCUCCUCUCCAGAGGGAGCACCCAACGCCCUCUCCUUCCUGGCCACCACCUGUAGCCAGGCCUGGCAGGUGGGAGGCACUACGGGCUCCGAAGGCUCCCAGUUCCCCUACGAGGGCACCGUCAGCUCCACAUCAGGAAUGUUUCAGCUAUGGAGCAAUGACAUGGCGCCCAGCACAGCCCUCAGCACGCACCAGAUGACCUUUACCGUGCCCAAGGUGCAGUUCCCCGGACACAUGCAGUCUGGCCUGGGUCACCAUCAUCAUCACCCCCAUCAUCACCACCACCAUGAGCUGCCUCUCACCCCUCCGGCUGAACCUCCCUCGUCCUACUCCUUCGAACUCUCCCCAGUCAAAGUGCUGUCCUCGCAGCCACAGGCCAACGGCCCCUAUUAUCCUCAGCACAACAAUGUGGGACAGAACUUCCCCAGCUUCCUCCAGAACUCCUCAGCCAGGCAUCACCUGCCUGGAGGCCAUGUGGAGGAAGGGCAGCAAUGGUGGAGCCUUCCCCAAACCAACGCAACCCCUUCCAACCAUCCCUUCUCCCUAGGCAGACAGCUGGUUUUGGGCCACCAGCCCCAGAUAGCUGCUCUUCUCCAGGGCACCUCCAAGGGCCUCCUGAGCUCAACACGCCGCUGCCGCCGCUGCAAGUGCCCCAACUGCCAGGCGAAUGGCGGGGGGUUAGAGUUCGGAAAGAAGAGACUGCACAUCUGCCACAUCCCAGAGUGUGGCAAGGUGUACAAGAAGACCUCUCACCUCAAGGCACACCUGCGCUGGCAUGCCGGGGAGAGGCCCUUCAUCUGUAACUGGCUGUUCUGCGGUAAAAGCUUCACCCGUUCAGAUGAGCUCCAGCGGCACCUCCGCACACACACUGGAGAGAAGCGCUUUGGGUGCCAGCAGUGCGGCAAGAGGUUCAUGAGGAGUGACCACCUCUCCAAACAUGUCAAGACGCACCAGACCAGGAAGAGCCGGUCCGGGCAGCCUUCACAGAGCACGGAACCUCUGCUCACCACUAUCAAGAGAGAGUAAUAUUUGUGGUCAAUCAUUCAAAAGUAAUAAUCAACAAUGAAAAAACUGUGUGACUUACACUUACUGCCAUAGGUUUGCACUAGAGGGUAAGCAUCAAGCUCCCCGAACAUCUUCUGUUGUAAAAGCCCUACUUUUGACUUCAAGAAGUACAUAAAAACAUAUUUAGAGACCAUUUUUAAUGAAAGUAAUUGUGUGCCAUUUGAGGCAAGGCAGUGGGUUCUACAGAAUUCAGUGUACUUUCAAGAUGCCACGCUAAUAUACUUCAUCUUAAAAUACAACAGAUUUCUUUAACAAUUUAAGAUUUGUUUGAUUUCAACUGAUGUGAAAAUCACAUCAUUUUGUAAAUAUUUCACCCAUGUGAAGGACAUGGCAGACACGAGCAAAAUUCCACAAGAUUUACCUGAUUAUGUUGUCCAUAUUGUUCAAAAUAAAUGUAUGCCUUAGUACAGCUAAAGAUUGCUGUAUAAAACUUAUAAUUUCUGCUGUCGAAAACAGGUUCAGAAUGGAAAAAUGCUUCUGUUGCUGAUGGUAAUUAGAUUUUUAUUCCAAAACAUAUCCCAAUUUGUCUGCUUCAAGGUAGGGAUCUUUUUUGAAUGCAAGUCUUUUAUCUAAAGAUUUAUCUCAUCUGCUCUUAAGCAGCAAUGUGAAGCACCAUUGCUCCAUGUUAGCAACAUUUUAAAAUUUUAAGAUCUUUGUAAAUUAUGUAUAAAUAUCAUGAGCAAUUUUACUGGGGUUAUGGCGCAUGUAAAUUUUAAUAAACAUUGUCCUUGCUG